UUUUCCUUUUUGAUAAGUACUUGGUUUUGUUGAAAUAAAUUUUUCACUCUGAUUAUCCAUUAUCAACAAUUAACAUAUCCCUACCUCGGCGGCCACGUGGCAGCGAGUUUGCAUAUAAAAAGCCAAACGCAGCGAUGUAAAAUAUCAACGUGGAUUUGAAUUACAUAUUGAAAAUUUGAAGAAGAACGCGAAGUCAGGAUGAAAUCUUUUAUUUCGACUAGGUUAUGCCAUUUUUGGACUUAUGUUCUUAUGGCUCUUGUAAUCUUCCAUCUUGCAGAAAUUUCCUACUGCCAGACAACGCAACCACGUUAUAUAUUAUGUGGUGACGAUCUUCAUAGAGCUUCUGCUUCAGUGUGCCGGGAAAGAGGCUAUGAUCUAAACUAUGAUUGGACUGAAGCUAAUGAUUGCUGCACGCAAGGAUGUUCAUAUUUGGCACUUUCAGUUUUCUGCAACCCGCAGCAGACACCUAUUUCAAAUCGACCACGUUAUAUUUUAUGUGGUAAUGAUUUCAAUACCGCUCUUGAUUCGCUUUGUGUAAAUUUCUAUGAUAUAUCAAGGGCUAGUAAUGUCGCUCCACAAUGCUGCUCUCCAGGUUGCACGCUCUCGACACUUUUACCCCUUUGCAACCGUCAGACGAUUGGAUUCGUCUAAGGAUUACACUUGUUCUGCAAGCCCCCGAAAGUGACAUGUGUAUCCAGUAAAAUGGAUGGUGAAAUUUAUAAUCCAAAAAGUAAAGUGUAAAUCCUAUAAUAAUUUCUUUUAAGAAACUAAUCUAUGUUUCUGAACAGUAUAAAGUACAUCAA